AUGCGCUUAACAACGCUGAAGUGCGCGUGCGCGCACUUAGGAAGGAACCGGCGCAGAGGGAAGACGGCGCGGCAAGCGUACCCGCCGCGCCGAUCCCAAGAGCUCAGUGCUCAGACAAUUGUCUCCCCGGAUUCAGGAAAGUGUCAAAGUUGGGAGCCCAGAUUUGCUGCCAUGACUGUAUCCCGUGUUCUGAGGGAGAAAUCUCAGCUGGAACUGAUCAUGGUUUGUGUUGCUUUCAAAGCCACCAAGCCAGGGAGCUCAUGGAGAAAAUGGCUGGGAGUCAAACUGUCCAAUUCUGUAGUCUUGUUCUGCUCAUCCAUUCAAAUAAUCAUCUGCAUGACUUGGUUGGCCAUUUCUCCUCCCUUUCAGGAACUGGACAUUCACACUUCCCCUGGAACCAUCAUCAUUCAGUGCAAUGAGGGCUCAGCUAUUGGCUUUUACUCAGUUAUUGGGUAUAUGGGGCUUCUGGCAGCUGUUAGUUUUGUUUUAGCAUUUUUAGCUCGGAGCUUACCGGACAGUUUUAAUGAGGCCAAGUACAUCACUUUCAGCAUGCUGCUCUUCUGCAGUGUUUGGAUCACAAUGAUCCCGGCCUAUCUGAGCACCAAAGGCAAAAACACUGUGUGUGUGGAGAUAUUUGCCAUACUCACCUCAAGCGCGGGCCUUUUAGCCUGUAUAUUUCUGCCCAAAUGUUAUAUAAUACUACUCAGGCCAGACAUAAAUAUGAAAAGAAAUUUGCGUAGAAAGUAA